UGCGCAUGCCCCGAGGCUCGCCAGGACGGCUGAUUCUCGCCGCCUGGUGGCUGACCGUGCUUGUCCUGAUGAACGCCUUCACGGGACACAUGAAAGCCACCAUGAUGCUUUUUCCGGAACCGAAACGCAUCGACAGUUUCAAAGAUCUAUCCCAGCGCACCGAGAUUCGCCCUUUCCUUUGGAAAGGUGGAGCCUAUGAAAACCUGCUCAAGAAAUCCUUGGACGUCGAAGAGUACCGCAAGGUGUGGAACUUGAUUGUCACGCACGACGGCCUUCGAGAAGACAAGCACUUGUACGAUGAAGAGAAUCUCCGAGAGGUUUUGGAGGGAAAAGCGGUGAUCGUCAGCGACUACACCACCACGCUGUACCAAGCCUCGCAAACGUGCCGCCGCCGUCUUGCCGCCGGGAGCUACUACUUUGCAAAGGAGCCCACAUUUUCCACCAAGCUGUCCAUGGCAGUAAGCAGGAGUGUGGACCCGGCGCUUAUGCAGCUCAUGAACGAAAGAGCCAGCCGGUUGGUUGAAAGUGGAGUUAUCAAGGCGUGGAUGGAAACUCAGCUGGGUGACUGGCGGUCCUGCCUGUUGGCAAAGCGCGAGGAGACGUACAGCCCACUCUCGCUUUUCGAGGUGCAGUCCGUGUUCCUCGUGUAUCUUAUUUCCGCCGGCUUCUCCGUCGCCUUCUUCUUGGUCGAGAUCCUCGUAGGAGGUUGGAAGAACUCUGCUCCGAAAAGACGUCGGAUGCCCAUUGUAAUCCAUGUGACCUCAUCCUCCUCGACAACUAAUUAUCCUACGAGGAUCAGGGGCAUAAAAAUGUGGGCCUCACAAGCGAACGUAGCAAAAUGGAAAUGUGCGCAUUAAUUAUUCGAUGCAAAGCAAACCGCAAGACAACUUGCAAAAAAUUCGCACACGAAUUUGGCAAUGCUGCUUUCGCAAUAUUGCUGAAUCGGCCAGAAAAGCUUCGUACGCGACAACGACGUUCAAUAGCAAGAAAGGAGAGCAA